GGGGCGGCGUCUCUGCUGCGCUUGGGUUUCCGGACCUGUAGCCCGUGGCCUGAGACUUGGGGAGUGGGAUUACCCUUGGAGGAAUUUGUUGUGGUGAAAAGGAAAAGAGAAACGUUUGUCUUUCCCUUUCUUUAGAACAAAGAAGAGAGUGAACAGUGAGCAGGCCUGAUCAUUCCUAGUUUUUGGUUUUUUUUUUUUUUUCACUUUAACUGCUCGGAACUCUGCCUGUCUGUAACUAAAGUUCGCUUUUUCUGACCCCUGACUCUGCAGGAGCCACAAUUCACCACCACCACCACCCCCCCCCCCACCUUGGACUCUAUGCUAAAUACACCCCGUACGUGGUGUUCACGCUUACAGCACCCUUCUCCUUGAAGUUACAUGUCAGAAAGAAGGCUCCCCAGAGCCACCGAAUCGCCAGACUCAGUUAUGGGUUACUGACGACAGUGUAGGACUGUCUUUUAAACAAUGCAAGAGGAAGAAAUCAAGAUCCUAUCACCUCUUUGGGGGCCUGCCUGUUGGCUCAGAAGGUAAAGAAUCUGCCUGCGGUUUGGAGACCCGGGUUCGAUCCCUGGGUCAGGAAGACCCCCUGGAGAAGGAAAUGACAAUCCACUCCAGUAAUUCUUGCCUGGAGAAUCCCAUGGACAGAGGAGCCUGGAGGGGCUCCAGUCCACGGGGGUCGCCAAGAGUCCGGAAGAUGGCUGAGCUUGUCCGUCAAUAAAACUGGAUUUCCAAUGGCAGGCUGAAUUUGCGGAAGGGACCACAGCUUUCUGAUCCCCAACAUGAAGGAGGCAGCAUAAAGGAAAACACAAAAUGAGGUGGCACUAGUGGUGAAGAACCCGCCUGCCAAUGAAGGAGACCUGAGCUCGAUCCCUGGGCCGGGACGAUCCCCUGGAGGAGGAAACGGCAGCCCACUCCAGUACUCUGGCCUGGAGAAUCUCAUGGACCGAGGAGCCUGGCGGACUACAGUCCACGAAGUUGCAAAAGAGUCAGACAGCACUUGGCGACUCAACAGCGAUGAACAGACAUGGCAGAAUUUCCCGUCUCCGUCAUUACGUGGACAGCGCACUAGCGGUAACAGUAAGAAGCCAUGAAACAGCUGUUCUGUGGCUGGCGCUGCUGGCUGUCAGCGUCCCUGUGGUGCUUCUUUGGGAGCCUUCAGGGAACAUUCAUCACCAGGAACUCGAGACCCAACAUUGUCCUGUUCAUGGCGGACGACCUUGGGGUGGGAGAUUUAUGCUGCUACGGUAACAACUCAGUGAGCACGCCGAACAUCGACCGGCUGGCCAGCGAGGGCGUGAGGCUCACCCAUCACUUGGCGGCCGCCUCUAUGUGUACCCCGAGCAGGGCCGCCUUCCUGACCGGCCGCUACCCUGUCAGAUCAGGAAUGGCGUCCUCCUCCAACCUGAAUCGUGACGUGGUCUGGCUCGGAGGGUCGGGCGGGCUGCCUCCCAACGAGACGACGUUCGCCAAGCUGCUGCAGCAUCGAGGUUACCACACGGGACUCAUAGGGAAGUGGCACCAGGGUCUCAGCUGUGCAUCCCGCGACGACCACUGCUACCACCCGCUCAACCAUGGCUUCGACUACUUCUACGGGAUGCCGUUCGAGCUCCUGAGCGACUGCCAGGCGUUCCACACGCCCGAGCUGCACCGCCGGCUGAGGGUCCGCCUCUGGGUGUCCACGGUGGUGCUGGCCGUCAUCCCCCUGCUCCUGCUCGUCCCCACCUGCGCCCGCUGGUUCCCGGUCCCCUGGCCGGUGAUCCUGGCCUUCGCCCUGCUGGCCCUCCUGUUCUUCGCGUCCUGGUUCUCCAGCUACGGCUUCACGCGCCGCUGGAACUGCGUGCUCAUGCGGAACCACGAGAUCCUUCAGCAGCCGGUCAGGCUGGAGAGGCUCACCUCGCUCAUGCUCAAGGAGGCGCUGGCCUUCAUCGACAGGUAUAAGCGUGGACCAUUCCUGCUCUUCAUCUCCUUUCUGCAUGUCCACACGCCUCUGAUCACCAAGGAGAAAUUCGUCGGGCACAGUAAAUUCGGCUUGUAUGGUGACAACGUAGAAGAGAUGGAUUGGAUGGUGGGGAAGAUCCUGGAGGCCCUGGACCGGGAGCGCCUGGCCAACCACACGCUGGUCUACUUCACCUCGGACAACGGGGGCCGCCUGGAGGCACAGGACCGCAGCGGGCAGCUGGGCGGCUGGAACGGGCGCUACAGAGGAGGCAGAGGCAUGGGCGGAUGGGAAGGAGGCAUCCGGGUGCCUGGAAUUUUCCGGUGGCCAACAGUCCUGGAGGCGGGGAAGGUCAUUGACGAACCUACAAGCCUCAUGGACAUUUUCCCGACACUGUCUUACAUUGGAGGAGGCAUUCUACCACCGGGCAGAGUGAUUGACGGCCGGAACCUCAUGCCGCUGUUGGAAGGCAGGGUCUCCCGCUCCGAGCACGAGUUCCUCUUCCACUACUGCGGGGUCUCCCUGCACACGGCCAGGUGGUAUCAGAAGGACUGUGCAACCGUGUGGAAGGUGCAUUUCGUGACGCCCAAGUUCUCCCCUGAGGGGGCGGGCGCCUGCUACGGGAGUGGAGUCUGUCCGUGUUCGGGCGAUGUCACCUACCACGACCCUCCCCUGCUCUUCGACAUCUCCAGAGACCCUUCCGAGUCGAGGCCUCUCAACCCCGACAACGAAGCCUCGUUUGACUCCGUGGUGAAGAAGGUGGAAGCGGCCGUCAGACGGCACCGUGGGACGCUCACGCCGGUCCCUCAACAGCUGUCCACGUUCAACACCCUCUGGAAGCCGUGGCUGCAGCCCUGCUGUGGGACCUUCCCUUUCUGCGGCUGCGACAGGGCGGACGACAUCGUGUCCGCCGCGUGGUGAGCAGAGAGGGGCUGCUUCUUACCAACCAGCAACACGCGGUUACCACGGAGCUCUCAGCUGGCCCAUUCAGUCCUCUGGGGAUCAGACACGAUGCCCUCUGUCAUGUUCCUUUUAAAUCCUCAGAUUCUAGAUCUUUCCUCAAGUCACAUCCAGCAGCAUGGUGAAACAAAAGCAGAUCCGUAUACCCGUGAAACUAUGGAGCAUUCAUUUUACUUUUUUUGGUAUGACUGUGUCCUUGUUCAAGGAAGAAGACAGAUCAAGAGGACCUUCUGCAGAACCACAAGAAUCUCGAUGAUACCUUCCACAAAAAAUUAUUAGAAGCAGCCCUUUCGAUGUCACUGUUUUAACUUUCACAGUGUUGUUAGAAAUGUCUUCAUCCAGAUCCUAAACCCAGAGACACUGCUUUUGUAUCCGAGCUUACACGAAUUUGGCAAGUUUCUUGUUCUUGUUCUGCAUCACGGAGACCAUGAAAAUUCUCAAAAUAGGCCGAGAAGUCACACAGCUACAGUAACGCCAUGAUAGUGUGGAUAUGUGUUUUUAAAACACUUCACAAAACUUAGAAGAGGCAAGUAGUCUCAGCUCUGUUUCCACAUGAGGAAAGUGAUUUUUGUCAUAUUUAAGUAACCACACGAGAUUGUAUAAAUGUUACGGCAAAAGAGUAUUUAAGUUAUAUUUCUUUUCAAAACACACUGCAAAUAUGAUAGCAUCAGAUAGUAAAGUCUUGUCUGUUUCCCUUGGCUUUUCUUCAUCCUACUGGGAGAGUAGGUAAGUCCUUGCCUUUAAGGCAUUGUGCUGUUCAGUCACUGAGUCAUGUCUGACUCUUGGCCAUACCCAUGGACUCGAGCACACCAGGCUUCCCUGUCACUCACCAUCUCCCGGAACUUGCUCCAACUCAUGUCCAAAGAGUCCGUGAUGCUAUCUAGCCAUCUCAUCUUCAACAGCCUCCUUCUCCUCCUGUCCUCAAUCUUUCCCAGCAUCAGGGUCUUUUCCAGUGACUUGACUCUUCCCAUCAGGUGGCCAGAGUAUUUUGGAGCUUCAGCUUCAGCAUCAGUCCUUCCAGUGAACAUUCACAGCUGAUUUCCUUUAAUGAUGUAUCAUAUAAUAAAUACAGAUAUUUACAGAUAAAAACUGUUUUACCAGUGUUACUAAGCAUAUUCAUUGCAAUAAAUUGAGUGUAAUGUGAAAUUCAAUCUCAUCCAUGUUAAAAAAAAGGAAUCGGAGUAUGUUCUUACAUAGUCAUAAUUUUGAAUAGGAUCUUUUCCACUGUUUAAUUUUCUAUUUAACAGUGUAGCAGCUCCAGAGAAUUUUCUCCAAGUACUUUCACCUUAAAUUCUUUUUUUUUUUUAGUUUUUAAUUAAUUAGUUUAUUUAUUUUACUUUACAACAUUGUAUUGGUUUUGCCAUACAUUGACUUGAAUCCGCCAUGGGUGUCCAUGUGUUCCCCAUCCUAACACAUCCCACCUCCCUCCCCAUCCCAUCCCUCGGGGUCAUCCCAGUGCACCAGCCCCGGGCAUCCUGUCUCAUGCGUCGAACCUGGACUGGUGAUUCGUUUCUUAAUUAUGCUUUUUAAACAAAGUUUAAAUUAAAAGGUAAAAUCUGAAAGAAAGGAGAGGUUUCUGAGGCAAAAUCUGGGCAAAACUCGGGGAUUCUGAGACAAAAAUCUGAGAGAAGCCAGAGGGUUUGGAGGCAAAAUCUGACAGAAAGAAGGAUCUCCUGAGGUAAAAUCUGACAGAAAGAAGACACUUCUGAGGUAAAAUCUUACAGAAAGACAGUCUUUCUGAAGCAAAAAUAUGAUGAAAAGUAGUACCUCCUGAGGUAAACCUGACACAAACGUGAGUUCCUGAGCCUAAAUCUGACAGUAACUAGGGCAUCCUGAGUUACAUGUUUCAUAAACAAACCUUCUGGUCCUGAGGCAAAAUCUGACAGAAUCCUUGCGGUCCUGACACAAAAUCUCACAGAAACUAGGGGCUCCCGAGGCAAAAACUGAUGGACAAAAAAAGUAGAUGGAUCUGAGGCAAAUCUCACCAACACUAGAGGGUCGUGAGGUAAAAUCCUCACCAGAACUAAAGGGUCUAAGAUGAAAUCUCACGUUAGGUGGGGGUUUUGAGUCAAAUCUGAGAGAAAGUAGGGCUUUCAGAGAGAAAUAUGGCAGAAACUAGGGGGUUCUUUGUUAAAAUCUGACACGUCUUAGCAACUAACACUUUUUGGGCUUCCCUAAUGGCCCAUACUGUUAAUCAAUCUGCUUGCAACGCUGGAGACCUUUGUUCAAUUCCUUCAGUUCAGUUCAGUUCAGUUCAGUCACUCAGUCGUGUCCGACUCUUUGCGACCCCGUGGACUGCAGCACGCCAGGCCUCCCUGUCCAUCACCAACUCCCGGGAUUUACUCAAACUCAUGUCCAUGGAGUCAGUGAUGCCAUCCAACCAUCUCAUCCUGUAUUGCCCCCUUCUCCUCCCACCUUCAGUCUUUCCCAGCAUCUGGGUCUUUUCCAAUGAGUCAGGAAGACCAAGUCAGGAAUUGACCAAGUCAGUUCCUUGGUCAGGAAGAAUUCUUGGAGAAUGAAAAGACACUCCUCUCCAGUAUUCUUGCCUAGAGAAUCCCAUGGACAGAACAGACUAGCCACUAAUGGCCAUGGGGCACAAUGAGUCAGACUCGACUGAAGUGACUUAGGACAUACUCUGUAGGACGGGGAACUCUACUCAGUUCUUUGUAAUGAUAUGUAUGAAAAAGAAUCAAAAAGAGAAAUGUAUAUAUUCAGUUUAGUGUACACCAGGAAGAACCUGUUUGUUCAUCUGCUUGCAUUGUGGGAGACCUGAGUUCAGUCCCUGAGUGGGGAAAAUCUCCUGGUGAAGGGAUUGG